AUGAAAUCCGCGCCCAUCAAAAACAUCAGCGACAGUGAACAAGCCGACAUGGAGGUCCCCUCGUCAGACAACGACGAGGCUUCCCAGCCUCGCAAGAAGCGCGAGAUAGAAUCCGAAAGCAAACCUGCCUUGCGAUCUCUAAGCGUGCUUCUCGCGCUAUCAAGGAAACCUACCCAUCUCAAAUCAAAGCACAAGCCCGAGACCAUCGCUCCUUCUGGCCAUGAUCCGCUUCCCGUGCAGCCUCUGCAGGAUGAGCCGGCUGCUUCACAAGAUGAAGCUUCUUCUGCUGAAGAAGGGCCUCCCGCGCCGGUGAAGAAAGCGCCGCAAGCGUUUUUCUCUCCCAGCGCUUGA